CGUUUGAUGCGCUGGCAACGGGACACAAAGCACGUGCCCGGCCAGACAUCCUCGGCAAGCCCAUGCGAUAAGGCCACGUGUCACAAAGCUGGCGUGGAUCAGGUUGAAUUCGGGCCCGCCCUUUUGGCAUUCGUGGUGCGCAGGGCAUGCAAGCCAGGUCUCUUGAUGGGGAGCCACGGCCUGCGCCACCCCAGUCGAUUACCAACUUGUCUUCCCCGCGAUUUCGUGGCGGUGCGGCAAACCUCCGGGGGGCACAUGGCAGCCGAACCAGCCGCAGGUCGCGGGCCGUCUGGAUCCCGCCGUCGCGACGCGAAAGAUUUGGGCUCCGGCGGGGAAUUUACGGCUAAUCCGACGGUCAACUGGCCGCGCCUAAGCGAGGCCUCCAUGAGGAUGGUCCUCUUACAGCCGUGCGUGAUUCGCGACUGCCAGUGGUGGAGGUGGGUCCCCGCCGGACAUUCCUUCAUGAUAGGAGUCUCGUUUUGAGGCGCCUCAGAACUAGUCCCCGCCGGACAUUCCUUCAGCCACCUGAGAAUCACAUGCGGGUCCUCGCCAUGGCUUCUGCUUACGACGCGGCGCAGCGGGCACCUUGCCGUUGGGACGAGACGCCAGUUGCGGCUGUAAUGGAGAGGGAUUGUGACUCUAAGGAGGGGAGGGGGGAGGAGUCUUCGGAGCAGACUACCCGCGAGAUACCGGAAGGAAGCUUCGUUGUGGGUUCGCCGCCGAAACGGUUACGCAACAGUAUGAUGGGAAGGGAGAGGGACGAAGAGUUGGGAGGAGUAAGGAGCCCUGGGAGGCACAGUCGCGAGUCCCAGCUCCCUAAGGCUUGUUCCUACGAGGACCUUAAAGUGCAUGAAGGCUCUGAAGCGAGGCUGGAGGACUCACUAAGUGACGUUGUAAAAGAAGAGGCCAAUAGCGAGGAUGGGAGCGAGGCAAGGAGUGGGAAGAAGAGCGGUGGGGGGAGUGGGGUUUUGGAGUGCGAGGUGCGGCAGAUCUACGAGGGGCUGAGCGAGGGAGAGGCUUAUAGCGAGGAUGAGGAAAAAGGGACCAGGAGUGGGAGGAGGAGCGAGGGGGGGAGGGGGCCUCUGGAGUGCGAGGUGCGGCAGAUCUACGAGGGGCUGUGCCUGGACCUUGCUGCUGCGGGCGACGAGGAGGUUUGCAGUGCUCACAGGUGCGCUGACACUGGUGCGGCAGCACGUCUGCCUUCGCCCACUGGACUGGCAGCACAUCUGCCUUUGCCAACUGGACUGGCAGCACAUCUGCCUUCGCCCACUGGACUGGCAGCACAUCUGCCUUCGCCAACUGGACUGGCAGCACAUCUGCCUUCGCCAACUGGACUGGCAGCACAUCUGCCUUUGCCAACUGGACUGGCAGCACAUCUGCCUUCGCCAACUGGACUGGCAGCACAUCUGCCUUUGCCAACUGGACUGGCAGCACAUCUGCCUUCGCCAACUGGACUGGCAGCACAUCUGCCUUUGCCAACUGGACUGGCAGCACAUCUGCCUUCGCCAACUGGACUGGCAGCACAUCUGCCUUUGGCAACUGGACUGGCAGCAGAUCUGCCAACGGUUUCGGCAGAUCUAGGAGUCAACGUGUGUCAAGGAGUCGAAGCAGGUGAGGGGCAGAAAGAGGGAGGGAAGAUUGGCAGUAGUGUGGUGGAGUGGGAUACAGUCAGGUUGCUGGCCUCUCUGCCUUCCCUGGACUCCAACGACCUUGCCUCUGCCCUGCCUAGUCGCUCCUGCUUUGAGCCGACUCACAACACAGAGGGUGCCACCGAGACCAACGCACAGGCCGCCUUUGCCCUGCCGAGUCAUUCCUGCUUUGAGCCACCACACAACACAGAGGGCGUCACAGAGACCAACGUGCCAGUUGCCUGUGCUCAGCCACCUCCCUGCUUGGGGUGUUGCCAGGAGACGAGCCCCCAGCAGCAGCAGCAAGCAGCCCUGCCGUCUGAUCCGGUUGUAGCAGCUGUCGACCCAGUUGUAGCAGCUGUCGACCCAGUUGUUAUAGCAACUGACCCAAUUGUAGAAGCAACAUACCCGGUUGUAGCGGCCACCGAUCGAGCGAUAGCAGUUGCUGAACCAGUUGUAGCAGGCGCCAAUCCGGUUGUAGCAGGGAGCACGUCUGCUGCAGCAGCAGUAGCGGGUAUCCCCCAGGCAGGUGUUUUCCCUCAGCAGCAAGCCAAGCAGCCGGAUCCACCUGUAGCAGCACUUUCUGCCGCUGUGCCUCAAUCUGAUCCAGCUGUAGCAGCACGUUCUGCCGCUGUGCCUCAAUCUGAUGCAGCUGUAGCAGCACUUGCUGAUAUCCAGCUGCCACCAGGGUUCACAGAGAGCGAGGCUGCAGAUACACCUGCAUCUCACCAUGAUCCGACAGUAGCGGCUGUUGAUCCCAUGGCGUCACAGCCCAAUCCGGCUGUAGCAGCACUCUCAGAUCUAGCACUGCCGCCAGGGUUCUCAGAGGGCGAGGCGGCAACAGAGCACUUCACACCCCCAUCCGACCCUCCUGUGGACACCCUCGACCCCCUCGUGGAAACCCAAAACCCCUUUGCUGACACCCUGAACCCUCUUGUUGGCGCCAUAGAAACCGUGCUGGGGGGAACCAGGGAUGAGGGCGAACAGGUGGGGGGAGCAGCAGAGGGGAGAGCAGCAGAAGGGGGAGCAGCAGAGGGGGGAGCAGCAGAAGGGAGAGCAGCGGAGGGGGGAGCAGCAGAAGGGGGAGCAGCGGAGGGGGGAGCAGCAGAAGGGGGAGCAGCGGAGGGGGGAGCAGCAGAAGGGGGAGCAGCGGAGGGGGGAGCAGCAGAAGGGGGAGCAGCAGAGGGGGGAGGUGGGGAGGGAACCGGAGGAGGGGGAGGAGAGGUGGGAGGGGUAGGGCAAGGACGGGGGGAUGGUGAUGGGAAAUGGGAGGGCUCAGCUGGGGUAGGGGAAGGUUCAGCUGGGGGAGGGGGCGGUACAGCUGGGGCGGAAGCAGAAUUGGUGUCAGCAUCCGGUGAAGGUGGUGCUGAUGCUGGGGGGCAAAGGCCGGUGGUAGGUCCUGCUGCAGACAGCCAAGGAAGCGGGCUGAAAGACGCCAGUAGCAGAAUUGAGUCCAACAAAGAGGAGGGAGAGGAGGAACUGGUGCCGGGGUCGAAGCCCGGGCUCAAGCAUGGGUUGGGCGAGGUGCCACAGGAGGGGGGGGUGCACGCGAUGGUGGCUCCUGGCAGCAUGGUGGCGCCUGCCUAUGAGCACAUGCGCCAGCCUGGCAUGGAUGUGACUCUAGCGGGUGUGCUUGCAGCGAGGGAGCCGUCAGAGCAGGCAGGAAUGACUGUGGAUGAGCAGGGGCUGGGCUCCCUGGGCUUUAAGACAUCCUCUCUGGAGGGGCUGGGCCUGGAACAGGGGCUGGGCUUUAAGCUGGGGCUUGCUGCCACGCAUGGGGCAGCAGCAGGGGGACUGCUUGGCAGGUCAGCGUGUCUACCACAUGUGAGCGCGCUGCCAGGUGUGCAGCAUGCAGUGUCAGUGGCGCCAGAGCUGCACCAAGCCAUCUCCUCCUCGCCUCCACCUCCCACCCCCCUCCCUCCCACUGCACUCCCCUCCUACCAUACCAGCAUCAUGCCUCCCCUAGCAGCAGCAGGUGCCAUGGAGACCACUGCACCUGUCCCUGCCCCCCCUUCCCCCCCUUCCCCCGCCCCUGCACUCGCUCCGCCCACAGCUACCCAGGUGAAUCCCAUUGGUAUCAGUGCCCUUCCUUCCACCACCCCUGCCCUCACACCAUCCACAGCUGCCCACAUGAAACCUGCACCUGUCACUGCCACCCCGUCAUCCCCCCAUACAGUCACACCAUCCACAGCUGCCAAGGUUGAACCUGCACUUGUCACUGCCCCCCCUUCGUCCCCUCAUACAGUCACACCUUCUGCUACUGCCCCCUCAGCUACAGAAGGGCGUGAGGAUGUGCACAUUGAGCCUGUGGGGCGUGACUGUAACGAGAUGCAGGUCAAGAUUGCAGCAGGGGGGAGCAAGGAGGUGGUUGUUUGGCAUGGCAGUGACAAUAACGAGGGAAUCUCUGUGGAAGUCAGUUCGGGGAGAGUGAGAGUAGGGAUAAAGGAUGGAGAUAUGGUUAGAGUGGUGACUAAGGAUUGAGUGGAUGAAGUUGUGUCAGCAUGGGGGGAGAAGGGUGGGUAUGUAGUAAUUAGAGGUUGAAUUUGGUGGUGGUGAGGUAGUUUCUCUUGUUGGGACUCUCAUUAGCUGCCCUGACAGGUUGUUGCGAAUUUAAAGCUCGGUUGCACAAUUCAACCCAGGAAUAGGCGCGAUUCAAGGCUU